AUGGAUACAGCACCUGGACACGAAUUCCAGCCCCCCACUCCUGAAGACAGUCGCUCGCCGUGCCCCGCCUUGAACACAGCAGCGAAUCACAACUACUUACCUCGAUCGGGAAAGGGCCUGGGACUUUUCCAAAUUUGCAAAGCCGUUCACAAUCUUUACGGUAUCUCUUACCUAGUGGCGGCCAUACCCACUGUUUUGGGCAUCUUGACUUGCGGCUCCGGGGGAAAGGUCGAUCUCGAACAGCUUGCUAGGCACGGUAAACUCGAGCACGACGCGAGCUUGGCGCAUCUGGACUUUGCGGAUGGAGAUAACAAGAACGUAUGUCCAUGGCUGGUCGACCAACUUGUCGCGCAGUCAACCGACGGACGUAAUCUGAGCCUGCGCGACUUUGCCAAGGCUCGAGUUUUGAGGGAAAGUCAGGUGCCAAGAACGUUGCCUGCUAGACUGGUCAAGAUUGGGCAAAUCGAAUCCGUUCUCAGUGUGACAGUUAUGGGGGAUGGUCAACAAUUGGACUGCAAGGUGGCCAGAGAGUGGUUCGGCAACGAACGUUUACCAUCAGGGUGGGCUCCUCGACGAUCAUUGGGGCUAUUUGAUAUGCUGAACGACGUCAAGAAGUUUGGUCGUUUAAUGGACAGUGUGAAGCAAGACGAUCAUGACAAGGAUGCAGCCACGACACACUUGGAACACCCCAAGUCAGGUUCACUUGUCGACAAAUGUCUUUUAGCUCCCGUGGAGGUGCUCCACCCAGCCGUGGAAGACCAAGACUCAAUGCUGCAGGAAAUUCAAUUGCCGCGGGCACAGUUCGGCGUGGUGGCGGCCCUAGUCACCAAACCCAACCUUGUCGGUACUUUCUUCGUGGCAGCUGUCGUUUGGGUCGAGCUCAACCAGACACCUGGAAAGACGUUUAACUCUCUAAAGUCUUACGUCGAGGACACUUUCAAGUUUCAAACCGCAGAACAGGUGUAUCGAUUUUUAAGCAUUGUAUGCAGUGCUAGCUCGCAAAACACGUCUUGGACCGCCAAAGAUGGACAGUUACACCUCCACCAACUGGUUGAAGGAAAUGGCAUUGUACGACUUGCCGAUGCUAUACGUUUCCCUAAAGCAACACCUCGACUUUGGUCUUUCCAACGCGGGUACAUUCCAAUAUUUACAUAUUUGGCUUCCGAUUGGGUCGUCAAGAGUACAAUGAACAGUGAUGUCUAUGCGUUGUAUGGUCUCAUCCACAGUAAUUUUGAGAUCAUCCAGAACACGGUAGAGUCAAAUAUGCGUAGACUUAUGAGUGCUCGAAGCUUCAGAGACGGCCCGACUCAUUUUAGUGGAAAGCAAAUAUUCAAAGUGAUGUUCGUAACACUCUUCGAGUAUCUCACGCGCUUCAAAGAAGCGCCAAUUGCGAAUCCAAGCGUGCGCAAUUUCGCUGAGCAAAUCAUCGGGUGGUUCGAUGAAUGGCUGGUGGCCCUUGACUCAGAGCCACCGUUUCAAGACGAGUGCACGACCUACAGUGAAGAAAAGCGAGAGUUUAUAAUCGAGAACCUUCAGCGAGACAGGGAGCGAGUCUCACGCGUCAUUAACCGAGGACAGACUGUCGUCGUAAAUAACGACGCGCAGCCAGCUUAUCAGAUACCCAGCGAUGCGGACCCUGGAUUGGUGGCAGCACUGGAGCGGGUAUUUGAUUAUGACGGACCGGGCGAACUUUGCGAAACCGGUCCGAGGCACGACAACGAUCAUGCCGAGAUUGAGCUAAUUCGGAUUGCCCCGACUCGCAAUGAGCUAUUGUGUGAGGAUGACCCUUACCUUCCCGCCAACUUCUUUGAAGCACCGCAUUUCCAUGAGCCGAGAAGCGUAGAGCGUUUGCUCGACAUCCAGUUUAGGCUUUUACGAGAAGAGCUGACGUCACCCAUCCGCCUAGCCGUUCAACUUAUUGUUGAAGAUAUAAAGAAGUCUAGAACAAGGGUUACGACGUUAUCUAAGUUGCUCGAUGCUAAAGGGGGGCGCUACGUUGCACCUGCAAGCGUGCGCGAAUCGAUCAUGUUUAGCGUCUUUACUGGGGUCGAGUUCGAACCACUCGAGCUCAACAACCGUGGUAUAUCCGUCGGAAUCGAGUUUGAUACACCUCCGUAUUCGCGGGCUCGAAGUAAUAGACCAGCUGUUCGAGCCGAAUAUUGGCAGCAAGUUUCAAAAAAGAGACUGAUGCAAGAUGGGCUCGUCGCGCUUAUUUGGAAGGAUUACCUUGGAAAUGUGGAUGUUUAUGUGGGUACGGUGGCAAGUUUUGGUGGAGACUUGGUGGACUGCUCCAGGAAACCUGAAGGUCAAUAUCGGGUGUCUAUUCGAGUAUCAUUUUUUGAUGCGAAGGCCAACAUCCGGAUCGUACAAGCACUUCAAAAUCGCCGUAGGCGCAACGACACUCGGUUUCUUAUCGAGGCGCCGGUGUUCUACGAAGGGAUUCGUCCCUUCUUGGAAGCGCUGAAACGAGAGCCGGAGUUGUUACCUUUUGCUCAAUACUUGCGACUGCAGAGCAAGCAAGAGUUGACCCGGACUGUUAUCGGCCCUCCACUUUAUUCACGUACCCCGGGGUUCUCUUUCGAGCUCAAGGACCUCUUCUCAGACGGGGCUGCCGUUCCAUCGCUCAGGCUAAAUACACGGGAUCCUGACUCUAUCGCCAAUGCCCGAGCUCAACUAAUUCGCUCUAGUCGAAUGGAUCAUAGUCAAGCGGACGCUGUUGUCGAUUCGCUUACUCGAGAGGUUGCUCUAAUUCAAGGUCCUCCCGGAACGGGAAAAAGCUAUACAGGUCUAGAACUCAUUCGUGUCCUUAUCAAGAACCAGAUAGCCCCUAUCCUGCUCGUUGCGUUCACUAACCAUGCCCUGGAUCACAUGUUGACUGGGAUAUUGGACGCGAAUAUCACGACAAAUAUCGUUCGACUAGGAUCUCGCUUCUCGAUCGACGAACGGUUGUCGAAAUACUCCCUAAGUACAGUUGAAAGGGAUGAAGGCAGGUCCCGACUAGGAUCUUCGGGAAAAGCUGCAUACCGAAAAAUGAAAGAACUCGAGAAGGAUAUGAACGCUCAUGGCAGACAUAUCGUCGCACAAAGUCCCCGCAAGCCAUAUCGAAAAACAUAUAUCUUUUGCCUAUCCAACCAUCACGGGGAGUUUUUCACUCAUGUACCAUCUUGGAUCGAGGCCAUUGCCCCAAAGCCGAGCGAUCACGAUGAAGGUUGGGAAACCAUAGGAGAGUCCCCGGGCCAAGAGCAGUCGAUAAUCAAUUUUUGGCUCAAGGGUCGCGAUUUACAAUUCUUGGAAACUCGAGGGAUGAAGGGCGCCAAGGGCAAAAGUUCACGCCAUAUCUCUAGUCACAAUCAGUUCGAUAUGCUCUCAGGUCCCAAUACAGGUGACGAAGAUGUGCCAACCUCGCGCGAAAACUAUCUUCAGAACUUCAUGCGCACGCAUGGCCUUAGUAAUAUCCCGAAAGUUCCCACAACAACUCGUUCAUUGGAUAUUUUGCUAAAGAAUCCCAGGGUGUGGAGCAUGUCGCAAGGAUCUCAUGAAUCAGCUUCGGGACAGCACAAGGAGAUCACGGAACAGUUAAAGGCGGAGAUUUUGUCACGUUCGCAAAUUGUUGGCUGCACAACAACCGGGGCGGCGAAGCUCAUAUCUAUGCUUUCUGGAAUGGGCCCCAAAGUUAUGAUCGUCGAAGAAGCAGGCCAGGUUUUGGAAUCCCAUAUACUUGCCAGUUUGGUCGGGUCUGUCGAGCACGUCAUUCUCAUCGGGGACCCGCUCCAACUCCGGCCAAAUAUCAAUUCGUAUAAAUUGGCAACUGAUAAUCCAAAGACUGGAAAAAUCUACAAAUUCGAUCAGAGCUUGAUGGAACGCUUAUCGUCCAGUGGGUUCCCUAUGUCCCAAAUUGACGUCCAACGGCGGAUGCGUCCCGAAAUCUCAUCUUUAAUUAGAAAUACAUUAUAUCCUAACCUGAAGGACAACGAUCGUGUUUUAAGCUACCCAAAUGUCGACAUGAUCUACGACCUCGUGUUGCACCUGUUGAAGCAAGGCUGCUACAACAAACCUGGGAAUAUUGUCAUUCUGGCUGCAUAUCUUGGCCAAAUUCCCAAGCUUCGUAAGAAGCUAGAGGAAAUUGUGACAAUUGUCAUCGAUGAGCGCGACGCCGAGUUAUUGGAGCAACAUACUAUGGACCAGGAAGAGACAGGUACAGUGAAAGAAGUACAGUUGUCGAAACAAGUCAUCAUCCGAACAUUGGAUAACUUCCAAGGCGAGGAAGGCGAAGUUAUAAUACUCAGCCUGAUUCGAAACAGCGGAACCCCCUUCGACAAAGAAUCAUCAAGUUUAGAGCAUGUUAAAGGAAGAGCGCCAAUCGGAUUUUUAAAGUCUUUGAAUCGGACAAAUGUUGGGCUAUCACGAGCGAAGCAUGGUCUAUACAUUUUUGGGAACGCACCGGAACUUGCCCAGGGAAGCCAGAUGUGGUCGGAUGUAUUGAAAGAACUCAAUUCCUCCGAUUGUCUUGGAUCGAAGCUUCCAAUAGUUUGCCAUCGCCACCCCGACUAUGUGCAGUGGAUCGAUAGCCCUGGUGUAAUUCCGAUUGUUUCGCCUAAGGAGGACCUCUUUCGUGUGGCCACAUCUGCCCAUCUAUGUGUCAUGCCGAUGAUCCUAAUCACAUCUCGACCAAGUGUCUACAAGCCUGCCUUCGACUAUGCCCUCGCUCGCACCCGUGUGAUAGAGAAUGUUGGGAAUGUUCGGGAGCUGCCACCAACUGUCGCUUCCCAAUCACGAAUCUGCAACUAUUGUGUGGGCACAUCCAUCCAGCUAUACCAUGCACAACAUCGCCUGCAACCUCUCGGAGGGUUAUCUAAAGCACAAGACAUGUGGUCAGAGUCACGUAAGGAAUUGGAGAAAAGUGUUAUAUCUACUAUCCGCUUGUUUGGAACUACAAGCAUUCCUAUUCCUUCAGAAAAUACUAGGCAAACCCUACGUCAAAGGACCGAAUCAGCUGUCCGAAAAGGAUGCCCGACAAUCCUCGACCUGGUUCAAAACAUUGGCAAAUUCCACGGAUUUCCUCCUAGGCAUACGAAAGCAUGGCGAAAGGCGGUAGAAGAUAUCUCAGAGACAUAUCGCACCGCAUAUGACGUGGCCUGCGAGCCUGAUCCAUCAGCUCAAGCCUACGAUAGAUCGAUUUUCCGGCUAUAUCGUGAAGAGCUCAACAAAUCCGGGGGAACGGCCGAUCCAACUACCGACCCUGUCGAAAAGCGUCGCCAGCAACUUGCUUCGGACGCUGCGCAUAUAGCCAUCGGGCAACUUCGUCCCCGCUCGAGCGAUCGCUUCAAGGCGGAGGCGUUCUGGAUGACCAUUGAGAUUCUAGUGACGUUGGGCUUGGCAAUUAGCAAAGCGUGCGACGAAAGUCAAGACAGGCGCGGCGCAAACGCUAUUUGCUGGGACAAUAUUGCAGCAUACUUCCUCUCGCAGGCGUGCAAGGACGCCGAAACGGCUCUCAGUAUGGCACAAAAAUCAAGGUCUCCGAACAAAAUAGUUCAGUGUCAAUUGCUCAUUCUCCAGAUUCAGUACGAGGUCGCCGCUCACAAGUGUCGGCUUGCCAUUCGCAACGAAUUGCUUUUAAAUCCGGAGCGUAGGGACGAAUAUUUAGACAUGUGCACCCAUGGUGUUAUGAAUGUUCAUAACCUUCGAGUCACUGUUCCACGAGAUUAUCAAGGCAGGGCGCGGCGGGAAUCGGCGGCAGGCGUAAAUACAACCAGGGCUGACUGGGUGCGCGAGCAUUUUAUAGAACCCACACAGAAUAUACUCGAUGCUUGGAACAAUCUGGACCUUAUUAUCGAUGUCAACAUGCCAGGAUGGCGCCGGGAGGAUGCAAACGCCGAGCGGUUAAUAUAUUGGAAACCAAUUGUCCAAGAGGCUGCAGCGUCAAGACGAAGUGCCACACCGAACGCUUCAACCAGUGCUCGAGAGGCCAUCCUUAUGUAA